UUGUAUGUGACGCUUCCUGUAAUUUUUCUGAAAAUUUGCUUAGUUUUUACACAUUAAAAUCAUGGAUUUAGCCAAACCCCCUGAUGAUCCAGAUCUAAAGAACAUCAUUGACAAGUUGGCAAAUUUUGUUGCACGAAAUGGACCGGAAUUUGAACAGAUGACCAAACAAAAACAGAAGGAUAACCCCAGGUUUUCCUUCCUUUUUGGUGGUGAACAUUUCAACUAUUACCAGUGUAAAGUCAACACAGAGCAAGCCAUUUUCUUGGCCCAGGAAAAGCAAAAACUUGCUCACAUUGUCCAGCCUCCACCAAUUAUACCACCACCAACUAUACCCGUGUCGUCAUGGCAACCAAACAACGAGAUUCCACAGCUGCAGCAACAAAUCCAACAGUUACAGCAGCAGAUUCAACAACAACAGGAACAGACGUCUGCUCAGAUCAAACAGAGUGAACAGAAUCUGGCUGCUCAGUAUCAGAGUUUCAUGUCCCAACAACAGGUCCAGAUUGAUGAAGCCAUUUUGAAGGCAAAGGAAGAUCAGCUCCAGAAGUUGCUGAAAGAAUGUGAUGUCCCUAUGGAAGAACUUGACACAAUUGUCCAGCCCAUUAUUGAAUCAUGCACCAAGGAUGCUAUAUCUGGUGGUAAAAACUGGAUUUUCUCUCAUAACCUCUCUCCUAGUCACGGCACGCUGUUUGCUCACUAUUUAAUGAUGAGGGUAACAGCCAAUGACGCAUCCUUCCAAACGAAGCUACAUCUUAUCUAUUUGAUAAAUGAUGUUCUUCAUCACUGCAUAAGAAAGAAUGCUGAUGACUUACACAACUGUAUCGAAGAUGUCGUCAUACCUAUUUUCUGUUCUGCACAUGAAGGCAUUGCACCUGAGAAGAAGGUCAAACUUACAAAGUUGUUAACCUUGUGGGAACAGAACAAAUAUUUUGGUCAGUCUAUUCUUGAGCAAUUGAAGGAUCCUCCUACUGCCAUGCAAACAUAUCAGAAAAGCCUCACAGUCAGAUACCAAUCUGUCGUCACGGUGAUUACGACAGCAAUCCAACAGCAGUAUGGUAACCUCCAAAGGCAGCAUCAGGAGUUUGUGGACCACGUCAGUCGACAUAUAGGGACUUUACAGCAGCAAGUGUCCAGUUUACAACAGCAGUUAGCUCAGGCACAGGCCCAGGCGACUAGUUCUGCACCUCCAUCCCAGAUGCCACCAAUUCCUCCGAGCAUUGUAGCUGCAUCAAUGGGGCAACAGAUCCAGUCAGUGACUGCUGCAGUACCAACACAACCUAUUGUAACUUCUGGACCUCCUGUGAUUCCAGUCAAUACAUCUAUACCCCCACCUGCGCCGUUUCCCCCUCCAAACUUUGAUCCAUCGGUACCGCCACCAAACUUCAACCAGCCACCACCACCGGUGUUCAGUCAGGGUCCGGGUCCGAGGUUUAACGGGCCACCAGGUAAGCCGGCAAUCGGGGACAUGGAGUUCGAAGUCACAUCAGUGGCGAGUGUCAACUUGAAUGCACCCCCUCCGAGGGUGAUUGGACCAGGACCAGGACCAGGACAGGGACCCGGACCAGGACCAGGACCUCUGCCCCUCCCGUUGCCAGAUCUUUCCAAGCCUCCUCCAGGGUUUAUACCUCGACUGCAGGCGGCGCCCCCGCCAUCUUUUCCUCCACCACAGGAGUCGGAUCUAACGCCAAAUGUACCGUACUUUGAACUGCCUGCUGGUUUGAUGGCCCCACUGGUCAAGCUGGAGGAAGCAGAAUAUCGUCCCCUAGAUCCUAAAGACAUACGCCUGCCUCCCCCAAUGCCUCCCAGUGAACGACUACUGGCUGCAGUGGAAGCCUUCUACAGCGCACCAUCUCAUGAAAGACCAAGGGAUAGUGAAGGGUGGGAAAAGUUAGGACUCUACGAAUUCUUCAAAGCAAAACAAAAGGCUAAGAAGCUGAGAGAGAAAGAAAAAGAAAAGGAGUUUAUGGAAAAGAAAUCUCUGCCACCCAAGAGGUCGAGGUCAAGGUCAAAAUCAAGGACACCUCCUAGGCGAAGAAGACGGUUCAAUAGUGCUGGCAGCGAUUCGAGGUCAAGGUCAAGAAGUCGAUCAAAAUCUGCCUCGCCACUGCCGUAUAAACGAUCAUCGCGAUCCCGGUCGCGGUCACCAGUUGCACAGUUUAAUAAGAGAAUGGAUAGGAGUCCCACACCACCGUUAUUUGAGCAAAUGUACACUCCACCGGUGAGAGAUGGACGAUUAGGGGAAGAAAACAAAGGCCAUAAACUAUUAAAAAAGAUGGGAUGGUCGGGCUCGGGCCUGGGUGCCUCUGAGCAGGGCAUAACAAAUCCAAUUGAGCAUGGUGAAGUCCGAGAUCGUAUGGAUAUGUACAAAGGCAUUGGAAUCAACAUCCAGGACCCAUUUGAGCAGUUCCGGAAGAGUAAAAGCCAAGGAUUCAUACAAAGGAUGAAGCUUAACACAGAAAUUGUGAAAGGGAAGAAAGCUCGAAGUGAGCGUGACUAGUUGCAAAUCAAGAACUGUUAAAUGCCAAGAGGCACUUUGGAGAAAUUCAACACACAGUCGUAUAACUUUUCCAUCUCAAACUCAUGCCAUGUUCUUGACUACUAUCAGUAUGUGUAGUAGAGUUGGUGAUUUGAGCAAAAAAUGAUCUUGCAUGAACGCAUCAGGGUGGACCAUUUAAUUGGAAUCAAACUGAUAAUCAUGUUCACAGUGAAACAAAUUCCAUGCUUUCAACUCCGAAAAUUGUUGUCUUCGCUGAACAACCUAGAUUUUUUGUUAGAGAUUUAUGUUGUUAAUCAAGAAGUGUAUUACAGAGAUGUUUUGAGGCGAUUUCAAAAUUAACGCUUGUCCUCAGAGUGAUGAAAGACAGAUAUUCACACAACAGAAGUUGCAGGAGUUCUUGAUUAGGAGUCUGUGUCCAGGAAUUGUCUAGGAGGGUAUGUGAAGGUGAAAAUUACAUGUACAUCUGCACACUUUUUGCUGCAAUUUAAAAAAAAAUCAAAUAAA